GCAGCGCUGCCAGUCGGAUGCGUGUUGGUGUUUGUGCAGUAAAGUGAAUCGAGAAAAAGUGACCAUUUUCCUAUGUUUUCAUGAAAAUUAUUGCGGAAUACUUACAAAAUUGGUGAAAAAAUAUCAAAGAUGAGUGCAGAUAUAAAAAUAACGCAAUAAUAAGUUAAUUUCCUGCUGGUGAUCGCAUUAAGAUUACAUUUGCAAACUCUACCUUGCAAAAUCGAACGAAAGAUAGGGCAAACGCAACAGCAGAACGGUGUGGCACCAGCUAGGGCGGUGGUAGCAAUCACGCAGGCGAACAAUUUGGAGGAAGGUCGGCGGUUGCUUAGCUGAGGGCACAAAAAAGUGUGAAAAAUAAAAUUCGACGUACACUUUGUAUUUGUCGCAAUUGAAAAGUUUUACAUAUUAGAAAUUUCAAUGCAACGAAGCUACUGAGGAAACUGCGAAAAUUGCAUUUUCGAGAAUUGCUACUUGGAGUUGGUCGUGGUGUUUUGGGCUUGUCGUUGACAAAAACGCUAAGAUAGACGCGGUGUGGGGUUGGGCUUCUGCCCCGCUGCGUUUAGCGGCGAACAGGAUGGGCGAUCCUAUGCUGCCAGGUGCGGCCGGUAGCACUGGCGCCUCCACCGGCGCUAUAGAUCGGCCACCGUCACCUGCACGACUUUCGCACACCUCGGAAAAGCACCCCAAGGUAACAUUGUCCGAAUUGAAUAUGCUCCGACGCCAUCGCGAACUUUGUGAUGUGGUACUCAAUGUUGGUGGUCGCAAGAUAUUUGCACAUCGUGUCAUCCUCUCCGCAUGCAGUCCCUACUUUCGCGCAAUGUUCACUGGUGAGCUGGAGGAAUCACGACAAACUGAAGUAACCAUACGUGAUAUUGACGAAAAUGCCAUGGAACUACUCAUCGAUUUUUGCUACACUGCUCAUAUAAUUGUCGAAGAAUCCAAUGUGCAGACUUUAUUGCCAGCCGCUUGCUUGUUGCAAUUAGUCGAAAUACAAGAUAUUUGCUGCGAAUUUCUCAAGCGUCAAUUGGAUCCAACCAACUGCUUGGGCAUUCGCGCCUUUGCCGAUACUCACUCAUGUCGAGAACUUUUGCGCAUCGCGGACAAAUUCACACAACACAACUUCCAGGAAGUAAUGGAAAGCGAAGAAUUUUUGCUGCUGCCAGUCGGACAGCUUGUAGACAUCAUUUGUAGUGAUGAAUUGAACGUACGUUCAGAGGAGCAAGUUUUCAAUGCUGUCAUGUCGUGGCUGAAAUAUAAUGUUGCUGAUCGUCGUCAGCAUUUGGCACAGGUACUGCAACAUGUGCGCCUCAAAUACCAAAUUCCACAGCCAGCUGGAGCCUUUGAUUUAAUGGAAGUAGUUGGUGUAGUAGUUAUUGUAAUAACUGUAGUCGAAUUGUCCGUAGUUCUUGUAUCCCUCGUAGUAUUGCUUGAGUGUGUUUUGGUGGUAGAUGCUGGCAUCAACGAAGUACAUGUUAGGCACGAAGAAUUCGUACUCGUCAAUUGGACGGUCGAGUGGGUAACCGAAGGGCCUGUUGUCAACGUAGCGUGCGCCGGAACCAAUGCCAGCAGAGUAGGAUGCAUCGAAGUUGUAGGCUUGCUCAACGGUCGCUUGGUAUGGCGCAAUGUAGAACAGCAGUUGCACUGGGAAACCACCGGCCCAACCCUUAGCCAAGAGAAGACGGUCUGGGUAGCCACUGUGUGGUUCGCUAAUGUCCAAAGGCAAUGCAUAUUUGCCAUCGAAGGCAGCCAUUACGUAGCGGUACAAUUCUGUGUAGGUGGUAUUGUAGUCGAAUUUCUCGGCAGCGUAGAUGAAUUUGCUGUUGAAGAAGUAUUGUGGGAAGAUUUCGUAGAUGGUGGGCAGGAUGAGACCCUGGAAGUCAUCGCGGUGGAUGACGGCCAAAGUAAGAGCGUAAACGAACAUGCCUUCGUUGACAUGGAUGCGAGCCCAAGCAACAUUUUGUUGGAAGGUUUCCCAAUCCUUGGCGUAGUAGAAGUAGUUGAAGAGAGCGUAGGCUUGUUUGUGAAAUACCAAAUUCCACAGCCAGCUGGAGCCUUUGAUUUAAUUGAAGUAUUUGGUGUAGUAGUCAUUGUAAUAGUUGUAGUCGAAUUGUCCGUAGUUCUUGUAUCCCUCGUAGUAUUGCUUGAGUGUGUUUUGGUGGUAGAUGCUGGCAUCAAUGAAGUACAUGUUAGGCACGAAGAAUUCGUACUCGUCAAUUGGACGGUCGAGUGGGUAACCGAAGGGCCUGUUGUCAACGUAGCGUGCGCCGGAACCAAUGCCAGCAGAGUAGGAUGCAUCGAAGUUGUAGGAUUGCUCAACGGUCGCUUGGUAUGGCGCAAUGUAGAACAGCAGUUGCACUGGGAAACCACCUGCCCAUCCCUUAGCCAAGAGAAGACGGUCUGGGUAGCCACUGUGUGGUUCGCUAAUGUCCAAAGGCAAUGCAUAUUUGCCAUCGAAGGCAGCCAUUACGUAGCGGUACAAUUCAGUGUAGGUGCUGUAUUAGGUGGUUAUCUCUAUGCUAUUGGUGGCUCUGACGGACAAUGCCCAUUAAAUACUGUUGAACGCUAUGACCCAAGGCAAAAUAAGUGGUGUGCCGUCAAUCCCAUGUCCACUCGCCGCAAACAUUUGGGGUGCGCUGUCUUUAAUAACUACAUAUAUGCCGUCGGAGGGCGUGAUGAUUGCAUGGAAUUGUCUUCAGCAGAGCGCUAUAACCCGCAUACAAAUACAUGGAGUCCCAUUGUGGCGAUGACAUCGCGUCGCAGCGGCGUUGGCUUGGCCGUAGUAAAUGGACAGCUAUAUGCCGUUGGCGGUUUUGAUGGCUCGGCCUACUUAAAAACAAUUGAAGUUUAUGAUCCCGAAACAAACCAAUGGCGUUUGUGUGGCUGUAUGAAUUACAGACGUUUAGGUGGUGGCGUAGGUGUGAUGAGAGCACCACAGACUGAAAACUAUAUGUGGAUACGAAAAGAUUCUGUUGUUUGAUUGAACCCAGAGGUGUGUUACUAUUGAAGCCGUGGCUACGCUAUAACUAUUUUGCGUUGCUACGGUACAUUUUAAGGCUCUUAAGCUUAAACUAAAUUUAUAAUAAGCAAAGGAUAUAAAACACUACACCCAUAAAAAUAAAUAAAAUCGAAUAACCUACACAUAUAACAUUAAUUAAAAAUUAUAUAAAAUCAACUGCGCAUGAAUUCCAUUUAUAAGAUCAAAUAAAAUGCAUCGUUUGUCGGUUCCCUGUGAUGAUAAUGUGGAUUGUGUAUUUGGGCAAACGUCAGUUAUACGUUUAGCCAAAUAUCACUUUGUAAAUUUAUUAAUAAAGCAUUUCCACACAGCUAUUUUGAACAGCUCUAUGUCCCGUGCGCUGUAAAAGCAGUUGGCAAGCAAUUGCUUACAAAGAAAUAUAAAGGCAAUGCUGUAGCCUAUGCAGUGUACGGGACACGCAAACCUAUUGAUUUGUAACUGAAUAAAAAUGCGUUAAGCUAAGAAUAUAAUAGAUGAAAAGAAAUUUAAAUAUAUUAAAAAAUAUAAUUAACGAAAGCAUGGGUAUACAAAAUUUUAACUGCCUUCAAAUUGAAAAUAACGAGUAAAAUAAUAUAAUUAAGCUCAUGACAACCAGUAUCUAUUCGAAAGCUUAAUCCACACAGCAAAAAUAUGUGCUUUUUUGUUUUUUUAGUUUUAGUAAACUUUGCAAUGUUAAAAUUACGAGUAAAUGCAUUAUACUGUCAAACAAGUAGUUCUUAUAUUAUAAUAGCUGACAAUGAAAUAUUUAUUUUAUAGCUUAUGAACGCGUGUAAUCAAUCUAUUUUUCACUCGCGUUAAAUACUUUUUGUACUAUUGCUCCUUCAAUAAAAAUCAAGUCAACUUAAAAUGAACCUGAAACAUGCACCUUCCACUCAUAGGUAUAAGCUACUAAAAAAUGUUAAGAAUUAACAAAUUAAUAAAAAGCAAACAAAAUAAAAAAGAUAUGAAUUAUGAGCGAUGAUAACCAAAAAUAUAUGUAUAUCGAGGAAUUAAAAAAAUAAAAUAAAAUCAUUACCAAUUAGUUAUUAGCGUGGGCCGAAAAUCCGCUUUUUUAGAAUUUUGAAUGGUAAUAGCAAAAAUGUUGUUCAUUAUGGUCUAAAAACAAUCUGUGUGAGAGAUGACAAUUUUUGGUCAAUAUCUCGUCGAAGUCCAUCAAAGUUCCAUGUGCUCAAAAAUUAAAAUUAAUAAAUGCAUUAAUUAAUACAUUUCUUUAAUAAAAUUGCAAGUAUCUUCGAAAGUAUUAGUCCUACAUAAUUUGGUAUAUGGACCUGUUUUGUAGGGAAUCGAAGUAAGCUGAGAAUUUUUUUUUUUUUGUUUGCACUUGAACUUUAAUGGACUUGGGCGAGCCUAAGAUAUUGAUUAAAAGUUGUAAUUUCUCACACAAAUUGUUUUUAGAGCAUAAUGAACAAAAUUUUUGCUAUUACCGAUCAAAAUUCUUAAAAUCGGAUUUUCGGCCCACGUUAUUAGUUAUGUUAAGCAAAUUUGUGACAUUCAGCUCGAUUUCUACAUACAUGUUUAGUUAAAUGCCCUUGAAUAAAGCACAUACAUAAUGUACAUAUUAAUAUCUGGCAUACAUAUGUGUGUAUAAUUCAUAUUCACUUUUGGAAAGUCCUUUUGUAGCCCUAAGUUUAUUAUAGUAAUUCUUUAUUUCCACAAUGAAUUGAUUGACUAAUUAUCUUUCUAAUGUAAAUAAAUAUAUGUACAUAUGUAUGUGUUGUGUAUGUUUGUAGACUCCGAAAACGUACAUAUGCGUGCAGGUAUUUGUAAAAUUAUGCGCAUUGUUCUUUGCUGAAAAAAAUAAAAUGUUGAUAAAUAAAUUAAGAGAUUAUUAUAUGCAAAACAAAUAAAAUAAAAUUUGCGGAAAACCGGUCAUUGACAACACCUCUAGAAUGAGUUGCAAUUAAGUACUACUGUGAAAUGAUUAAUACUAAUAAAGUAUAAACAAUGGAAAUCAUUAUUAAACAUGAUCAACUUAUUACCGUAAAACUA